AUGCCACAAAAAAAUAACUCAAUUUCUAUUAUAAAUAGUAGAAGUUUUUCGUAGUCUUCUUAAUCAGAAAACGACAACUAUUAAAAUAGUUCAUUUGAUGAUGAUGAAAUAUAAAACAAUUCUAUGAACAGCGAAGAAGAAUAAAGUUCAAUUGAUUCAGAUUCUGUGAGAGAAUUUUAGAUCAAAAAUUACAUUGAUUUUCCAGAUAUGAACCUAUUUUAAAACCCCUAUGCAUAGGUUUUAUCUAUUCCAGAAGAUUACUUAUUCAACGAUCUACAAACCUAUUAAAAAACUAUGAAUACAUUAGAAUAAGAAAGAUUCUUUAAAAAAUUAAGACAUUCUUUGAGAUAAAAUGUUUUUAAGCUAGAAAAUGGAUUGAAAAACGAAAGAUAAGAAUCAACUUAUGAAGAUUUUCAAUGGAUUUAAGAAUACUAAGUAAGUAAUGUGCAAUUCAAUCAAAGUGGGUUAAUUUUAACUGUAAAAACCUCAAUGAAAAUAUAAAAGUAUUAGUAGAAGUAGAAGUAGUGGGAAAUCUUAAAUAAUCAAAUUAUGAUUUUUGUAAACAAGAAAUCGAAAAAGUAUUUUGUAGGAAAAACAGUUGACUAAAAUAAAAAGUAGCAAUCUCAAAGUAAACUAGAUAAAUCAAGUUUACAGAAUGAAAGCUUUAACCUUCUUAUAGAAAAUAUUCUUUAAGAAGACAUCUAUAAAGACAUUAAAAAAGAAGACGUAAAGGAAGUAGAGGAUAUCUUAAAAGAAAACUAUGAUGAUUUUGAUAUUACCACAUAUAAUUAAACAUUUUAGAUAAAAAUGAAUGUAUUAAGCGAUAUCGAGGAGUUUUUAGUUAACAUUAGCAAUAUUAAUAAAAAUUACAUUCUGCUUACUCCUCAUGAGUACUGGUAUUCAUUACAAUAAACCUUAAACUGUUCAUAAAAAUUUGCUUAAUUGUAACAAAUUUAAUUUUAUGAUCAAACUGUUAAAGGUGAAAAAGGAGAAUCUAAGUUUCCAGAAUACAGCUUUUUGAAUGGGAGAGAUGAUUUAAAAGAAUCAUUUAUAUAGUCGAUAGAAGAAGUUAUAUAGAAGUAAGUAAACUUAGAUUCAUAUCAACUUAAAGCGUUGAGAUAUGCUCUAUUUAACUAAAACGCUGUGAUUUAAGGACCACCAGGAACAGGAAAAACAUUCUUAGCAAGCCACUUAAUCCACACUCUAUAAAAUUUAAAAAAUAAUUAUUGCAAAAAACCCAUUUUAAUCAUAAGUAAAAAAAAUAUUUCUCUUGAUUCGCUUCUAAAGAACUUAGAAAAAAUAAAUCCAGAAAUAAAACUUCUAAGACUUGGAUAUUAAACUGCAUUUGAAGAAAUGAAAAAAUACACUAUUGAAAAAUAAGGAGGUCCUUAAAGGAAGUAAAUAUACUCAUUAGGAUUUUAAUAAAUAGAUAAAAAGCUCUAAGAUUACUUAGAAAGAGAUUAAAAUUAAGAUUAUUAUUCAGUAAAUAAUUCUCAAUUGGAAGAAAGUCUUGACAAUUUAUCUUUCUAAAAUUUUAUAAAAGAAUAAGAAAUUGAAAAUUUUCUUUAAGAAAUGAGAAACUAUGAAUAAUCUAAUUUGAAAAAUUAUGAAAUUCAUGAGAAAAAAUACUAAUUGAGACUAUCGGACUUCAUUAAACAAGAACAAUUUUAAUUUAUUGGAAUGACUUUUACUGGCUAUCACACUUAUUAUUAAGCCUUAUAGAUUCUCAAACCAGAAAUAAUUGUUGUAGAAGAAGCUAGUGAAAUUAAUGAAAGUGAAUUUUUCCCAAUUUUAACUCCAAAUAUAAAACAUUUGAUUUAAUUUGGAGAUCAUUAAUAACUUAAACCACUUAUAAGAGCUAAAUCAUUAAUAAGAGAAUUUAAUUAUGGAAUGUCUUACUUUGAAAGAUUAAUAAAAGUGAAUAAAAUUGAUUUUGUUACUCUCUACUAGUAAAAAAGAAUGAGACCUGAGUUAGCAAACUUUACUAGGUUAUUUUAUGGUAAUGAAUAUAAAGAUGAUCGAGUUGUUAAUAAUAGGAGUUGUGUUAGGGAAUUAUCAACUGUUGGCAUGUAUCUUCUUCCUCAUACUUAUCCAGAGUAAAAAAUGAGUGAAGGCUCAUACUUAAACGAAUUUGAGGUGUAUUAUAUUAAGUUUUUGGCUAAGAGACUAUCAGAUAAAUACAAGCAAAAAAAUAUAACUAUUCUGUCUAUGUAUAAAUCUUAAAAAACGCUUAUUCAAUGUAAACUUAAAAAAUUACCUGAAAUAGAAGUAUAUACCGUUGAUGAAUUUUAAGGAAAUGAGAAUGAUAUUAUUAUUCUUUCAUGCGUCAGAUCAAAUUAAAAAAAUAAAUGUGGUUAUAUAACUGAAUUACAAAGAAUUAACGUAGCAUUUUCAAGAGCUAAAAUAGGUUUCUUUUGUAUAGGAAAUUUUGAAAUGUACAGUUAAAAAUGCCAAAAAUGGAAAGAAAUUGUUCAACUUAGUCUCAAUUAAUUUUCAUAUGGUGGAAUUAGUUAAAUGCCAUUAUAUAAAAAAAUCAAUUAAUUAACUUAGUUUUAAUUAGAAAUAAAUCUCUAUAGAAAAGGUUAAUAUCAAUAAAAUAUUUGCAACCUUUGCUAUUAAAAAUCUCACAUAGGACUUUGCAAUUAAGGAUACACUUUUUUUGAUUAUAUUUCAAAAUUUUUAGAACAAUAAUUUCAAUAUUUCUAAUAAGAUAAAAUAUUAAUAGAUGAUGACUAAUAGGAAAGAUAAAUUAAUUAGUUUUAAAAUUUAAAUAUAAGUUAAAUAAGUAACAAUCAAGCAGCUAACUCAGAAAGUUAUUCAGAAUUUCCUUAAUUAUUAGAAAAUAUUGAAGAAAAAAUAGAUAAUAAAAAUAUAAAUCAAAACAAAAUAUAAAAUAGAAAAAAAGAGAGAAGCUUUUUAACAGAAGAUGAAAAAUAAAACUCCUUUUAAAGUACCAAAAAAUAAAAAUAAAGACUUAGCUAAUAAAAGUAAAAAAAAUAAUAGCUCAGUUUAACUUAAAAUCUUUCAAUAAAUUUUAGUAAUUCUUAAUGA